AUGGAAAAUUCAGCUGAGCAAAAGGCAGAAACUAUAAAAAGGUUCAUUGAUACUAUAGUGAAUGUGGGGAGAAAAGAGAUUCUAGAUGGGUUUAGGGCACGAUCACGUGUCGUAAUUGAGAAAGAAGUUACUGCUACUACAAGCUUGACUCAUGGCUUUAUUAACUAUCUGCAGCCUUGUCUUUUGGCUUCCUCCAAACCCUUACCAACUAUGAGUUUGACUCCCUUUGCUAAGUGCGUCAAUCAUGGUCAUGCCGCCUACAUUUCACUUGAAGAUGUUCAAAAUUCUGACAACUACACUCGCCUUGUGAUUCAUUCUCCUAGAUACCGAGUUAUUCAUCGGUACAUGGACUGUGAGUUGGAGUUUCAGGAGGAUGUUGAAACUCUUCGUAAUACUCUUCGUCAAAGAGCAGAACAACAAAAUCAUGUGCAUUUGCUGGGAUAUAAGGAAAAAUAUAUGCAGCGCGAAAUACGGAGAUGCAAAAUCUGCAAAAGAAGCCUAGAGCAUGAAGGAAUCUUCUUCCACAGAGAUACAGAGUUUUACAGCUCCGAAUGUAGAUCUAAUGAUGUGGUGCCUUACUUUGAACAGCGGGUGCCGAGUGAGGUUCUUCGUCUUCUUCAAUCUGGGCAUCUUCAGUUCAUCUCCAGUGGUCUUAUUCUCAAUAAGAAUCUUCGUCGACUGCAAGCUUUUGCAUAUAAAGAAAGAUUACUCGAUGUUGUUGUUAGAUUGUCAAGAGAAGAUCUCCCUGUUGUUAUCAUUGAAGUGUCUUCCCCUGCACAACAUUCUGAAGAUGUAACUAUGGAAACUUCAGAAGAGGAGGAUGACAUUGAUGAUACUAAUUGGGAUUGGAUGAAGGCUCAUGAUUGA